AUGUUAUCAAGAGUAGCUAAGCGUGCGUUUUCCUCCACAGUUGCCAACCCCUAUAAAGUCACAGUUUUGGGCGCAGGCGGUGGUAUUGGACAACCAUUGUCCUUGCUUCUAAAGCUUAACCACAAAGUCACCGACUUGAGAUUGUACGAUUUGAAGGGCGCUAAAGGUGUUGCAACGGAUUUGUCUCAUAUUCCAACAAACUCCGUCGUCAAGGGGUUUACUCCAGAAGAACCAGACGGAUUGAGCAACGCUCUAAAAGGCACAGAUAUGGUCUUAAUCCCUGCUGGUGUGCCUAGAAAGCCUGGUAUGACACGUGACGACCUGUUCGCCAUCAACGCAAGCAUCGUUCGCGAUUUGGCAGCAGCAGCAGCCGAAUCUGCUCCUAAUGCAGCCAUCUUGGUCAUUUCUAACCCAGUCAACUCUACUGUUCCAAUUGUCGCCCAAGUCUUGAAGAACAAGGGUGUUUACAACCCAAAGAAGUUAUUCGGUGUGACCACCCUGGACUCUAUCAGAGCCGCCAGAUUCAUCUCUGAAGUGGAAAACACCGAUCCAACUCAGGAAAGAGUUAACGUCAUCGGUGGCCACUCUGGUAUUACCAUCAUCCCCCUGAUUUCCCAAACAAACCACAAGUUGAUGUCUGACGACAAGAGACACGAAUUGAUUCAUAGAAUACAAUUUGGUGGUGACGAAGUCGUCAAAGCCAAGAAUGGUGCUGGCUCUGCCACGUUGUCAAUGGCCCAUGCUGGUGCUAAAUUUGCCAACGCUGUCUUGUCCGGCUUCAAAGGCGAAAAAGACGUCAUCGAACCUUCCUUUGUGGACUCUCCCUUAUUCAAAUCUGAAGGUAUCGAAUUCUUUGCAUCUCCAGUCACUUUAGGCCCAGAUGGUAUAGAAAAGAUUCACCCAAUAGGCGAACUAUCUUCAGAAGAAGAAGAAAUGCUACAAAAAUGUAAAGAAACUUUGAAGAAGAAUAUCGAAAAGGGUGUCAGCUUUGUUGCUAGUAAAUAG